AUGGAAUGGAUGAAAAAAUUGGGCUACGGAGGUGGAGCAACAGAAAUUGAGUUAGCCAAACAGAUCACAUCGUAUGGAGAGAUAUGUCCUGGACUUGAACAGUAUGCCAUUAAGAAGUUUGCUGAGGCAUUUGAAGCUAUUCCCCGGGCACUGGCGGAAAACUCUGGAGUUAAGGCCAAUGAAGUAAUCUCUAAACUUUAUUCAGUACAUCAAGAAGGAAAUAAAAAUGUUGGAUUAGAUAUUGAGGCUGAAGUUCCUGCUGUAAAGGACAUGUUGGAAUCUGGUGUUCUAGAUACUUACCUGGGAAAAUACUGGGCUAUCAAACUGGCUACUAAUGCUGCUAUCACUGUACUUAGAGUGGAUCAGAUCAUCAUGGCAAAACCAGCCGGUGGGCCCAAGCCUCCAAGUGGGAAGAAAGACUGGGAUGAUGACCAAAAUGACUGAAUGGCUAGAUUUUUACUGUAGGUGAAGGCUGUGUUUGUAGUAGUACUCUAGGAAUUGCCUGAUGUUUUCAUAUUCUCCUAAAUUAAGAAGUGUUUUGUGUAUCUUGUAUUCUCGGCUGGAUGAUACAAUAAACAUGUUGUUACUAUCAAAAAAAAAAAAAA